CCUUCUAACGCUGACGUCUACUUCUACUGCAGGAAAAUGGCGACGUUGACAGCAGUCAUGCAAACGAUCCGGUCUAUUUGUCCACUAUCGUCCAAAAAACGAUCUUUUAGCAUGGCCAACACAAAGUCUACAAUGCUAGGAAACGGGGUUAUUUUCUUUCUGUCGAUAUCAUUGAUGAUGCAUUCGGCAUGGGCUGACGGAAAGACCCUUGUUCUGCUGGACAAUAUGAACAUCCGAGACACCCAUUCAAUCUUCUUCCGCAGUCUGGCAGACCGAGGAUUUGAUAUAACCUUCAAGACCGCAGAUGAUUCGUCCCUUUCUCUGAUCAAAUAUGGACAGUUUCUCUACGACCAUCUAGUCAUCUUCGCCCCAUCAGUUGAGGACUUUGGUGGCAAUAUCAAUGUUGAAACCAUCACUGCCUUCAUUGAUGGUGGAGGAAAUGUCCUUGUUGCUGCCAGCUCUGAUAUUGGUGACCCACUGAGAGAGCUGGGUAGUGAGUGUGGGAUCGAGUUUGAUGAGGAGAAGACUGCUGUCAUUGAUCACCACAACUAUGAUGUGUCAGAUCCUGGUGAUCACACCUUGAUUGUUGCUGACCCAGAGAAUCUACUGAAAGCCUCCACCAUUGUUGGCAAAGCUACAGAUAAACCCAUUCUCUUUAAGGGUGUUGGUAUGGUGGCAGAUCCAGAAAACCCUCUGGUACUGGACAUCCUAACCGGCUCCUCCACUUCCUACUCCUACUUUCCUGACAGACCAAUCUCUCAGUACCCUCAUGCUGUUGGAAAGAACACGCUGCUCAUCGCCGGGCUUCAGGCCAGGAACAACGCCAGAGUCGUCUUCAGCGGGUCAAUGCUCUUCUUCAGCGACGCCUUCUUCAACUCUGCUGUGCAGAAGGCAACACCUGGCUCCCAGGGGCAUGCUCAGAAUGGGAACAUGGAGCUGGCAGAAGCCCUCUCCAGGUGGGUGUUUAAGGAGGCCGGGGUUCUGAGGGUGGGAGCUGUUUCCCAUCAUCCCGUUGGUGAAAUCAGUCCUCCGGCUGCGUACACCAUCACUGACCUUGUGGAGUACAGCGUUGUUAUUGAGAUGCUGUCUGACGGCCACUGGGUUCCCUUCGACGGCGAUGACAUUCAGCUGGAAUUUGUGAGGAUCGAUCCAUUUGUCAGGACCUACCUAAAGAAAAAUGGAGGAAAAUACAGUGUGCAGUUCAAGCUUCCAGACGUGUACGGAGUUUUCCAGUUCAAGGUGGACUACAACAGGCUAGGCUUCACACACCUGUACUCCUCCACUCAGGUAUCGGUGCGCCCUCUGCAGCACACCCAGUACGAGCGUUUCAUCCCCUCAGCCUAUCCCUACUAUGCCAGUGUCUUCUCCAUGAUGGGUGGCCUUUUUGUCUUCAGCAUAGUCUUCCUUCACAUGAAAGAAAAGGAGAAGUCCGAUUAAAGAAGAAAGAGAGAUGGGUGGAAGAAAUUAUAAAUUUGGUUUGUGGGGGGGAGAGGGUUUGAAAUCAAUCAAAGGUCUUGGUUGCUGAAAUUGAGAAAAAGACUUGGAAACCUUUUGACAGUUUAAAAUGUGACAUUGUCAUUAUUGGUUUUGGGAACACUAUGCCAAUAAUUUGCAAGUUUAACUCGUUCAGCAUUUAGAAGCUGCGACUAAGCUUUUUUUGUACUAAAAGAAAAUAAAUGCUGUUUGUGUGUAAUUAUUACUCACAGGAUCCGUGCAGUAUGAAUUCAGUCAGGAUAUGGUUGAUUUACUCAUGAGCUCAAUAUGAGGUGGUGGAGCACUUGUUUAAACUCGUUUCAAGGAUGUCAUUUGUUAAUUUUUGGAAACAAUAUGUGGUACAUGCACUGAAUAUUUUGUUGCCUGAUCAGAAUUGUUCCAAUCGGUGUUUGCUAUAUUAAGUUCCAGAAAUACAUGUAAGCCACAAUAAAAUGUUGACAUUGUACAUCCCA